GAGAGAGAGAGAGAGAGAGAGAGAGAGAGAGAGAGAGAGAGAGAGAGAGAGAGAGAGAGAGAGCAUGCCCCGCCUGGAUGCGCCGCCGGGUUCAAACAAUGACAGCGAGGAGGGGGGGAUGCAGUCGAGACUGUUGCUACCUGCAGAUCGGCACUCGGAUUGUAGUGAUGACCCGCUGUCCGGCGUACACGUGAUGGCGCAUAUGGAGAGCUUGGAUUACGAGGUCGUGGAGAGCGCUGUUUACAAGGAGGAUCAAACACAGAGGGGACCUUUCGAUCAUGUGAUAUAUGCUUCAUUGAAAUGGACUUUUGCGCUUCUAAUUGGUGCAGCAACGGGUUUUAUUGCUUUUCUUAUCAAUGUGGCAGUGGAAAACCUUGCUGGUUGGAAGUUUACUGCAACAUUCUGGGUCAUGCAGUAUUCCUACAUUCUAUCCUUUUUUGUGUACGUGCUUUGCAACGGUCUCCUGGUGUUUUCAUCAGUUGUGAUUGUCACCUACUUCGCUCCUAUGGCGGCAGGAUCAGGCAUUCCUGAGAUAAAGGGCUACUUGAAUGGCAUUGAUACUCCAGGGAUUCUACUCUUUCGGACGCUUGUUGGCAAGGUGUUUGGCAGCUUAGGAUCUGUUGCUGGUGGCUUGGCACUUGGCAAAGAGGGGCCUCUUGUACAUACCGGAGCAUGUAUUGCCUCUCUUAUGGGUCAGGGGGGCUCGACGAAGUACCGGAUAACGUGGAGAUGGUUGCGCAUCUUUAAAAAUGAUCGCGAUCAGCGUGAUUUGCUCGCCGUAGGGGUUGCGGUUGUGGGGUUUGCUUCGUCGGCAAACUUCGCAAGAGUCGCAAUACCUCGUGACGUCGGUGAUGAGGUCGGGCCAUCGGAAUCGCUGUCGAAGCCGUGCAAUGGUGCGGUUGACUCCGAAAUGGCCGGCGAGUCGCGAGUCAUGGUACUCGCCGAGAAGGCGAGUCCGAAGACGACGGUCUCGUGGGACACAUAGUAAGUCCUUGCCUCUCGAGUGGAGGAGCAAGUACCCGUCGG